GGCCCUGGGGACCACAGGGCUAUGAAGGCAGUUCUCUGGCCCUUGGGACUGGGGACCCUUCUCCUCACUCUCGAGUCAGUCCCCAUUGGUGGGCCGCCGCACCUGCGGCUGGGGUACAGACACAGCCCCUGCGAUGGAGUGGUGCUGGUCGGACGCGACGGGGAGUGGGGACACGUGUGCAACCAGGAGUGGACGUUGGCGGAGGCAUCCGUGGUCUGCAGGCAGCUGGGCUGCGGGCCCGCCGUGGGCGCACCCAAGUAUGUCCCACUGCUCGGGGAGACGCUGCAGCCCCAGCUGCACAACGUGUCCUGCAGGGGUGACGAGCCCUCCUUCUGGGACUGCAGCCUCGGGGCCUGGACGCAGACCGCCUGCCCUCACAAGUGGGUGGUGGUGGCCCUGUGCGCGAACGGCACUUUUCGGGAGAUCCGGCUGGUCAAGGGCCGCAGCCCCUGCGCCGGGCUCCCCGAGAUCAGGAACGUGAACGGCGUGGACCGCCUGUGCGGCCUGCACGAGGAGGAGGCCACGGUGUUCUGCAGGGAGCUGGGCUGCGGGCGGGCGCUGCAGGCCCCCCGACGGGCCGCGGCUGGCAGCAGCCGGUACAUGACGUGCCAGGGCACCGAGCCCACCAUUCGAAACUGCAGACUCAACAACAAUCUCCGUGGCGGCUGCGACUUCCAGCAGGACGCGGAGGUGGUGUGCUCAGGACACGUGGAAGCCCGCUUGGAGGGUGGCGAGCACCCCUGCGCCGGGCGUCUGGAGGUGAGGCGGGGCCUGACCUGGGGCACCGUCUGUGACGCUGACCUGGACCAGGCCACGGCCCACGUGGUGUGCCGGGAGCUGCGGUGCGGCUCGGCCGUGUGGGCCCCCGGCGGCGCGCACUUCGGCCCGGGCUCUGGGCCCGUGUGGACUGAGGCCUUCCAUUGUGUGGGCAACGAGUCUCUGCUGUUCCACUGCCCUCGGGGGCCUGGGCACCAGUGUGGGCACCGCCGCGAUGCUGGGCUCAGGUGCUCAGAGUUCCGGCUGGUGAACGGCAGCGGCGGCUGUGAGGGGCGCGUGGAGCUGCAGGUGCAGGGGGCCUGGGCGCCCCUCUGCGCCGCCCACUGGGACUUGGCGGAUGCCACCGUCCUGUGCCACCAGCUCAACUGCGGCAGCGCAGAGGCCACGCCCCCCGGAGGCCACUUCGGGGCCGGGGACGUGGGCAUCUGGCCUGACGCCUUCCACUGCGCGGGCACAGAGCCCUACCUGUGGCACUGCCCCGUGAGCACCCUGGGCAACCGGGCCUGCGCCCCGGGGAGCGCGGCGGCCGCCGUGUGCUCAGGUCUCCCGCACGCCCUGCGGCUCAGGGGCGGACACAGCCGCUGCGACGGCCGCGCGGAGGUCUCCCUGGACGGCGCGUGGGGCCGCGUCCUGGACGCCGCGUGGGACCUGCGCGCCGCCGCCGUGGUGUGUGCGCAGCUGGGCUGUGGCCGGGCCCACCGGGCCUACGACGCGCCCCCCCCCAGCCGCGCGCUCCCGGUGGGGCUGAGCCGCGCGCGCUGUCGGGGCACCGAGACCCGCCUGACCCAGUGCAACGUGUCCAGGUCCGCGCUGGUGCCCGCGGGCGCCUCCCGGGACGCGGGCGUGGUGUGCUCGCGUGAGUGGGUCCCGGCCCCGACGCCCGCCCGACGCAGGGCGCUCCCGACCCCGACCAAGGGGAGCCGGCGCGUGCGGCUGGCGGGGGGGCCCCACCGCUGCGCGGGGCGCGUGGAGGUGCUGCUCGGGGGCGCGUGGGGCACCGUGUGUGACGACGGCUGGGACCUGCGGGACGCCCAGGUGGUCUGCGGGCAGCUGGGCUGCGGCCACGCCCUCCGCGCCCUGGGGGCCGCGCCCUUCGGGGCCGGCUCGGGCCGCAUCUGGAUGCGGGAGCUGCGCUGCGGGGGCCGCGAGUCCGCGCUGUGGCGGUGCCCGUCGGGGGGUGCGCAGGGCUGCGGGCACAAGGAGGACGCCGGCGUCGUCUGCUCAGAGUCAGUGGCUCUGAGGCUGCGAGGUGGCACCCAGCGCUGUGCUGGGUGGCUGGACGUGUUCUACAACGGCACAUGGGGCGCCGUGUGCAGUAACGCCCUGCAGGACAUCUCCAUGUCCAUCAUCUGCAAGCAGCUGGUGUGGGGAGCAGGGCUGGCUGGAGAACAAGCCGGUCCCCACUGGCUCGGGCCCCUCCUGGGUGGACAACAUCGAGUGCCGCAGGCUGAGAAACUCUACGCUGUGGCAGUGCCCCUCGGCGCCGUGGCACCCACAGUCCUGUGCCCCUGGAGAGGAGGAGUGUCAGAGAAGAUGACACAGAAUUCCGGGGAGCCCCUCAACUGCUCGUCCACCCACAGCUGCCCAGGGGAGGCCAUGCUGCGUGUGCGUGGGGGCGAGGACGGCUGCUCAGGCCGCGUGGAGCUCUGGCACGCCGGCUCCUGGGGCACCGUGUGUGACGAUUCCUGGGACCUGGCGGACGCAGAGGUCGUGUGCCGCCAGCUGGGCUGCGGGCCAGCUGUGGAUGCACCCACGGGAGCUACCUUCGGGCCGGGCUCAGGGCCCGUGUGGCUGGAUGAGGUGGGGUGCCGGGGCAGCGAGGCAUCCCUGUGGAGCUGCCCCGCGGAGCCCUGGGGACUCGGAGACUGCGGCCACAAGGAGGACGCGGGUGUGCGCUGCUCCCGUGACAGGGGACCCCUGGUCCUGCCGCCCGCUCUGGCGCACACACCAGGAGCCCCCCUGGCCCGUCCGCCUGCCCUCAAGGCUGGGAACCUGCCCAUGAUGCUUUGCUUUGUCCUCGGCACCCUCCUGGUGGCCGUCUCCCUGGUCCUGGGGGUGCAGUGGUCCCGCGGCAGGAGAGCCCACAGGGGUUCCAGGAUGUGGGGGAGUCUGCCCUUGGAAGGCAUUUAUGAGGACAUCGGCGCCGUCCCCAUGGCGGACCAAGGCGAGGGACCCACAGUGUCCGGGACCCCGACCCCAGAGGAGGAGUAUGAUGACGCUGGGGAGCCGGAGCUGGGCGCCGAGGAUGAGGAGGAGGAGGAG